AACCAGAAAAACACUUAAAGUCCCAGCGAACAGUCAUAUGUAAUCAAUUUAAACAUGGAUUAUUUUUUGCUUUUUAAAAUAUUGAAAUAUGGAUUUAUACUUUGUUUGUUAUCACAAAUGACCACUGCAGUUAAUGACGAUGAAAUUGAUGUUCCAUUACUUGAUACCCAAAAUGCUCCUUUAUUUGCCACCCUUGAUUUGUCUAAAGCAAAUAGACGUAUAAAGUCACAUGUCUUUGCAGCAGUGAAAGCACAAAUCGGAGAUAUGGAAGAAAAACUUAAAGAAUACGUUUCUGAUAUUGACAAAAAUGCAAGUGUAGGCAAGAAUAACGAAUUAAGGAUUGUAGUUGAAAACGUUUUAAAAGAAAAAGGAUAUGAUAACUUGACUGCAGUCGUAACUGAAUAUACUGACACAAUUCUACAAGUUGUGCAAGAAUUCAAACAACUCGUCAAAACUAUUUCAAGUCACCAAAAACCAUGGGUAGAUGUAUCUGUUGUACAAAAAGGAUUUGAUAACUUGACUGCCGUCGUCAAAGCGAAUGGCGACAAAAUUCCGGAAUGUAAAGAUCAACAAAAACAAUUGCCGGCAGGAACAAACAAACAGGAAAAAGUGAUACCCCACGAAUGUGCUGAUAUCAACUUUUCAAAAGAUGGUGUCUUCUUAAUCUACCCGUCUGGUGCAAAACGCCCAAAAUAUGCUUACUGUGUAUUGCAGGAUAAUAGAAGAUGGACGGUAUUCCAACGACGUUCCGAUCUUUCUGUUAGUUUUUAUAAAUGGUGGACGACAUAUAGAGAAGGAUUUGGGGACAGUAGUGGAACACAUUGGUUAGGCAAUGACUAUAUACAUGGGAUAUCGACCUCUGGACGGCAUAGGGCACGUUUCAUUCUUGAAAAAGAUGGAAUAAAAAAAUAUGCAGAUUACUCUAAUUUCCGAGUAGGAGAUGAGCACAGUAAAUAUAUCUUAAACGUGUCUGGCUACAGCGGUACUGCUGGCGAUUCCUUAAACGGUGAUAACUCGUCCAAAAUAGCAAAUGGACAAAAAUUCUCAACUUGGGACAAGGACAAUGAUCAUUCCAUUGAACAUUGCGCAAGGAGAUAUGAAGGUGGAUGGUGGUACAACUCCUGUUACUAUGCCAGUCUGAAUAACAAUAAUGGUGAUAAAAUAGACUGGGGUGUAAAUAUGGGUUUAAAUUUGGAUAAAUCUAUGGCAAUGAUAACAAGGGAAUGAAAUUGAAGACGAAAUGUUUUGCUACCGGUAAACUCGUUUUACCUACACAGAGUUGUGUUUUUUUUAUAAGUUUGAUGAUAUUAAAAAUGUGAAAUGUACUCAACUCGGGGAUCGAUUGCUAUUAUGACGUCUUCAAUUGAUUGGAUGGUGAUUUUUUUUA